CACGCCUAAUCGCAAAAUGCUCUCAGGGAUCUUGAUUUUUAACCAGAAAGGCGAGAAUCUGAUCUUUCGCGCUUUCCGCAAUGACUGCCGCCCCCGGUUAGCCGACAUCUUCCGCAUCCAAGUCAUCUCGAACCCGCAGGUGCGGUCUCCGAUCCUCACGCUUGGAUCGACCACAUUCAGCCAUGUAAAGCACGAGAAUAUCUACCUAGUCGCUGUGACGAAGAGCAAUGCGAAUGCGGCGCUGGUCUUCGAGUUCCUAUACCGACUGGUGCUACUGGGAAAGAGCUACUUUGGGAAAUUCGACGAGGAGGCCGUGAAGAACAAUUUUGUGUUGAUUUAUGAGCUGCUUGAUGAAAUUCUCGACUUCGGCUACCCACAGAACACCGAAACUGACACUCUAAAAAUGUACAUCACAACCGAGGGCGUGAAAUCCGCUAUAACAAAUAAUCCGUCCGACUCAGCGCGAAUAACGCAGCAGGCAACGGGCGCGCUGUCCUGGCGCCGCGCAGACGUCAAGUACCGCAAGAACGAGGCCUUCGUGGACGUCAUUGAGGACGUGAACCUGCUCAUGUCCGCGACGGGGACGGUUCUACGUGCGGAUGUAAAUGGGCAGAUUGUCAUGCGUGCUUAUCUGAGCGGGACUCCCGAGUGCAAGUUCGGCUUGAACGACCGGCUGUUGCUCGAUAAUGAUGCGGCGGGGCCGGGGUCCUCCAACCCCGGAGCAGGAGGGAGGGGAGUUGGUGGACAUAGCUCGUCGAAGACAAGGGCUGCAGCGGGUAGUGUCACUCUGGAGGACUGCCAGUUCCAUCAGUGCGUUAAGCUAGGCCGGUUUGACUCGGAUCGGAUUAUUAGUUUCGUGCCGCCGGACGGGGAGUUCGAGCUUAUGCGGUAUCGCGCGACAGAAAACGUCAACCUUCCGUUCAAGGUGCAUCCAAUUGUGCGGGAAAUUGGGACGACGAAGGUCGAGUACAGCGUAGCCAUUAAAGCGAACUACUCGUCAAAGCUCUUUGCGACAAAUGUCGUGAUACGCAUUCCCACCCCGUUGAAUACGGCUAAAACUACGGAGCGGACCUCGCAGGGCCGGGCAAAGUAUGAGCCUGAGCAUAACAAUAUCGUGUGGAAGAUCGCACGGUUUUCUGGAGGCUCUGAGUAUGUACUCACGGCUGAGGCAACGCUCUCUGCGAUGACGAACCAGAAGGCUUGGAGUCGGCCGCCGCUCAGUCUGAACUUUUCCCUCCUGAUGUUCACGAGCUCAGGGCUACUUGUUCGCUAUCUAAAAGUCUUUGAGAAGAGCAAUUAUAGCAGCGUGAAGUGGGUGCGAUAUAUGACCAGAGCGGGAAGUUACGAGAUUCGGUACGUUUACUUCGAGUGUUCGUGGUAG